AUGCCACGCCGUCAAGCGGAUGGAGAUGAAGACGAGGACUACACGCCCCAUUCUAAAAGGCAGAAGUCUCUACCUCACAGAGCCAGUCAAGAAGAGCCAUCGGCUACCAACCCCCAGUGUUCUGAAUCACGGUUUGAUUUCGAACUUGACGCAGCUUACACUGCGGCUAGUUAUCGCCCCAACCCGCGCAGAUCAGCGACAGUUGCCUACGAUCGCAUUAGCCAGACCAAUCGCACCCCACGACAACCUCGCCGCGUUGAGCAGCAAGAGGAACUUGCUCAGCGUCAGCAAAGUGAACCCCGUCGCAAAAUACAACAGAACCAAUGUGUCGACGAACUACAACCCUCUCCCAAUCACGUUACAAGUGAAGUCAGUCGCGUUUCACGUCACCUACACUUCACUGGACCGCAGCAGCAGCAGCAGCAGCAGCAUUAUCGUCAUGUCCCGCAGAGCCAAACCUCCAGCAACGUUCCCGUCAAACCUUCCCCUCUGAGCAACAUGUCUUUACUCAGGGAUUUCGAACAUCUGCCGACUGAGCUCACUGCCGCGUCUGGUCGACCCGUUCGCGGCGCAAUGGCGAGGGCUCUGGACCGUAUGAGCAACCAGAAUCAGGCCGGCAGUUCAACCGCUGUCCAUCUCGUUGGGGAGGACUUCCGAUCCGAUUCACGACCAGCGAAAUCCCCCAUCUCCCGCGAGCAACAGCGCAAACAGAACCUGAUCAUGGUUCUUUACCGAAGCAUCUUCGACUCCAAGCUGAAAGAAUUCCCCUCCCUCAUGACCUUCCAUCCCAUUCCCGACACCUGGCAAGAACCCUCACCCCGCGCUAGUUCCGCCCCUCCUCCUCAGUCCUUCAACAACAACAUCCCCCAACGCGCCGAUUUCGACGCCUUCCACCAGCACAGUCUCAACUCGAUCUUGCGCAUGAAAACCCCCUAUGGCGGCCCUGCGGUCCCAAUCCCGCCCCUGGGCUACGAAAGCUAUUCCUUCCAAAACUACCCCUCCACCCACAAGACCAAUGAAUAUCACUCGACAGCAGCAGACGUCUUUGGCCAGGCCGUCCCCUCGCUGCGCACCACGCCCAAAUACCACCCGACAAACGACAUGACGCCCGAGGAAAUCCAGCGCUACCACAACGAUCGGCGGCUGUUCGUUAAGAUGAAGGCUGCCUGGGUUGAUAACGACAAGAUUCUGCGACUCCGGGAGCAAAAGGGGGAUGAGGAGGCACUCCAGACGCUCUGGAAUGUUGCCCAGGUGUUUAGAGCGAGAAACCCAGUUAAUCCGAGUGCGGAGAGUGUUAAGUGGUUUGUGGAUAAGAGGGAUGAGAUCUUGAGGCCGAGGGGACGGAGUCAGCGCCAGAGCGCCAGCGCCCCUGCUGGGGAGGGAGGCGGCGCCAGCGGCAAUGUUGAAGACCUACUUGACGCGGCGGUUGUGGCAGAGAAGAUGGAAAUAGAGCUGGAGCCAAUGGACGUGGAAGAGCUGGAGAAUGAGCUUGGGAACCAGGAGAUGCCGCAGGCUGAGAACGACAAUGAUGGUGAUGAUGAACAUGACGUUGAUGAACUAGCGCCGGCGUUCGGAAUGCUGCAGCAGCUGGAGCAGCAGCAUCAACAGCAACAAGCUUUGGUGAGCCAUAGCAUUCAUUACCAAGAUUACGAUGCCGACGUUGACACCCCGGAGACACAGAGCGAGACUGACGAGCAGGAAAGACAUGGACGCGCUCAUUCUGAGCGAACGCAAAGCAAGGGGAGGCUCGGUAUCAAUGAUCUCCUUAACUAG